CUUUCAAUAAAUAAAAUAAACUAGUUAUAUUUAUUUCUUUGGCAAUGGCUUCUUAUGUAAAUCAAACUAGUUUUUUCUGGAUUUUGUGUUUUGCUUUGGUUUUGCUUUCAGGUUUUGCAACAUGUUUGGGUCCUGUGGGUCCUCCAGGAUUAACCUGCUCAGGGAAAUGCACUAAUCCAGCAGCAUGCAAUAAAUCUUGCAUUGACAAAGGCUUUAAGAAUGGUGGUACAUGUGAAGGUUUUAGUCCUCAAGAUUUGAGUUGUUGUUGUAAACAUUAAAAAUAGAACUACUUCUGAAACUUCAUCUAUGUAAGUUAAUGGAAGUAGUUUUUCUGUGUUUUGUUUUGAACCAUCGUACUACGAUAGAAUAAAAUUUAAAUUGUUAUGUGUUUUUAUGUAUGUUUUCAAUAUUU